GGCAAUUAGAGUGACUAACACUAGUGAGUAACUAAUGCUAGUGGCACUUUAAUAGAAUAGAACACGUUUCAUGGUUGACUCAGUGGCGCAGAACAAGAUAGAUAACCAAUAGUAAUACCAUGGUGUUGUCGCAGCAUUCCAUGUUCUGUGCCAUUCCUCCCUCUCUCUUCACCCCAUCACUGAAACAAAGGAACCCUUUUCUUCACCAUCUCCCUUGUCCCAGAAAGCCCAAAGCCUCCACCUUCAGAGUUUCUUCUCUUGCCGCUGGUUUCUUAGACAACGUCCUUCAAAUUACUCACAACAAGGUUCUGAUUGCAGCUGGUGUUUCUGUGGCGAUUGGUCAGCUUUCUAAGCCAUUCACUUCUGUUUUUCUUUAUGGCAAAGAGUUUGAUGUCAGGGCAGUUGUUCAAGCUGGAGGGUUCCCAUCAUCACACUCUUCUGCGACAGUGGCUAGUGCAACAUUAUUUGGCCUUGAGAGAGGCUUCUCCGAUCCUAUUUUUGGUCUGACAGUUGUGUAUGCUGGUCUCAUUAUGUAUGAUGCUCAGGGUGUAAGAAGAGAAGUAGGGAUUCAUGCUAGGACGCUGAACAAACUACUGAUUCAUAUGCAAGCCAACACUUUAAGUUCCAAAGAUAGAGAUAAUUUGAUCAACUCUCAACCAGGACUAUCAAAGCCACAAAAAGUAGAAGCCACUUCUUUGGAACCACAACAAGCAAAUGCAAGCCUAUUGGUUAAACCAGGAAGCAAAAUAAGGCAGAUAGAAGCAGAAGAAAUCUCAAAUUCGGCUAUUGAUAGUAUACCCCCAUUAAAAGAAUCUAUUGGCCAUACUGAGAUUGAAGUCAUAGCUGGUGCUUUACUAGGCUUUUUGGUGGCUCUAGCUGUGAAUAAUGUGAUGUAAAAUCAUGUUUUUUGAUGAAUGAUUUAAUAGUAUAUCUUACAUCAAGUAGAUUAUUAAAUUGAAAAUCAGUGAGUUGGAAAGGAA